GGGGGGGAACACACCUCUGGAAACGCAUCAAGGCACUGAACAACAGAGCUUCAAGGAGGUGUGCCUCAUUGAGGAGGCCGAGAUGCCCCGCCUCACCUGUCUGCUCAUAUUUAAUGUCUUAGCUUCAUCUUUCAGACACUGACAGCAGCAGGACGCACCUAAGACAGGUGGGAAGAACUGGAACAAGGCCAGGACUUAGUGAGCAGAGCAAUGGGCAGCCAUCUCCCUCUUCGAGUAGCGGUCUUUCUAGUGGCAUUGACAGUCUUCAUGAAAGAUGCUCUGGCACUGGAGUGCCACAGCUGCCUUGACCAGGGCGAUGGUAGCUGCAGUCCUCAGAAUAUGAAGAAACUGAAGUGUCCAACAUCUACCCAUGUCUGCGUAGAAACCGUGGCAGCUGUGGAAUGGAGUCAUGGGAAGUUCUCAGUUGGUGAAAAGGGCUGUGGAUUGGGCGUGCCAGGUACCAAUGACAAAGCCGUAGAGAUGCACGGCAUCCUGGCCUUCUCUCAGCUGCAUCAGUGCAACAGUAGCCUCUGCAACAGCAGACUGGACAUCAAAACCUUGGAGCUGCAACCCAUGGAUAACGAGAGUGCCAGGGUUCCAAAUGGCGUGGAAUGUUACAGUUGUGUCGGCGAUGAGUGUUCACUAGACAACUCUACCAUAGUCCAAUGCUAUGACUCUUUCCGGGGCUGUUUCCAUGGAAAUGUCACAAUGAAAGCAGGCAACUUCUCACUGACCAAGCCCAUCAAGGGCUGUGUCCAGGAUGAGGAAUGUACCAAGGUCAGGAAAGGAAGCCUAGCCAUCACUCUGAUGGGUUCCUGUUGCUCUGGAAGCCUCUGCAAUGUCGACCUCUCCAACAAAACUUACUUUGCUGCCAAGAUUCCACCACCUGCACUCUUUCCUGCACAAGACACCAACACCACUGUGGCCACCAACACCAACACCACCACUUCUGCAUACACUCACAAUAGUGUGACGGCCCCUUCCACAGUAAGCAAGCCAAUCCGUUCUAUUGGUGUGACCCCAUCACCACCUAGUCAUCAUGAUGAUGACCAUGACCACGACCACGACCACGACCAUGACCACAGUGAUGAAGAAGUCAUUCCAGUGAGAGAUGGGGUCACCGUCACUUCUGUGAAAGUUGAAGAGAGACACAACCAACCAUUUCAGAAGCCACAUUCGGGUGCUGCAGACUUGGUGGGGUCCAUCUUGCUGUCCUUGUUGCUGGCUGGGUUGCUCCUUUGAAGGGAAAUCAAGGAAAUGAAAAUGGUAUUCAACCUCCUUCCUUCCCCCUCACUAUUUCAGUCCCAUCCAAAUGCAUUCUGCUAACAUAUUUUGAUAUGACUUUUCUCACUUGGAUUAGGCUUUGGCCUACAAAAGUUAGGAAUUUUGUUUUGAAACCCCCAGUUUUGCUGUUCAUGUGAGAAAUGCCCUUGCCAUGACAUAUUUUGCUUAUUGGAAAACACACUCUCAUUUGUGCACUUUUUGACUCGUUUUCCUGACCACCAUCUUGUAGCAUGUGGCAAGGGGUGGCUAGAAUCUGCUGCCAUUUUACAAGUCAAAGAUCUGUGUUAUGUUUCUGUGCAGCAAAAGUCAGUUCUGCUCUUACGAAGCAAAGUCAAGUUCCUUUUGCGUGCAAGCCUUUUUGUGGGCUUAUGGCAUCACCUUUGGUACCAAUACAAUGGCAACCAUUUUGUAUCCACCUUUCUAGAUGGUGUUUACUUUGGGUCAUUCUUGGUAGAGCCACAUCGCCACAUAGGUUUUCUCUUGUUGCUGGGGUGCAUUGCUCUCACCUACCCUCUGCCUGCAUCAGUCUACAACUUAAGAUAGUUUUUCAGAGGGCUGUAUUAUUUAAUAUAGGGUUUGGGGCUUUUGGGGACUGACAGAGGACUACUAAGCUGGCCUCCAAUGACCAGACAUAUAUAAGGGCAGAGAUACACUUGGAUAGCUUUAAAAGAGGAUUAGACAAAUACAUGAAGGAGAAGACUAUCCAUGGUACACGCCACCAUGGCUAUGUUCUACCUCUGGUUUCACAGGCAGUAUGCUUCUGGAUUAGGGAUGGGGAAUAAAUCUGAAGCCAAAUUUAUCAAAUGUGCACAUUCCAAAACAAUAUGAGAACUGAAACACAGCCAUCCUUUCAAAUUUGCACUUAUCCGAAUUUUGCAAUGUAGUUCUCCGACCAAGCAAUAUUUACAAAACUGCAUAUAUUAGGGGAUAGUGUGCACAAAAUGAUUAUAUUGGUGAAAACAACAACACAAAAAUGCAUUAUAUUAGGAUAAAUUGCUUGCAAAAAUGUGUACAUUAGCCAAAACGGCAUACAAAAAUGUAUUUGUUAGGAGAAAUUUGCACUUGAAUGAAUUUUCAUGAGGUUUUUUUUAAAAAAAAGCACAAAUUGCUGCAGAAAUGUGGAGAACCGAAUUUAAGAUUAGAAAAAGGAGAAAUUGGGAGAACUGAAAUUCACAGAUCAUUCCAUCCCUACUCUGGAUACCAGUUACUGGGUAUCAUAAAUGGGGAGGGCGUUAUUGCACUCAGGUCCUGCUUGAUGCUUCCCACAGGCAUAUGGUUGGCCACUGUGUGAAUCAGGUGCUAGGUUAGAUGGGAUUUUGCCCUGAUUCAGCAGACUCUUCUUGUCUUCUUGUGUUCAACAACUGGCAUGCUACAGAUACUACAGAAAUAAUUCAUACUAGUAGUAAUAACGUAGACCAAAGAACGGCUGUUGCCAUUUCCUUUCCCUCCCAAUAUUUUAUCUUUCCAGCAUUUGACAGAGGUCAGAAAAAAGAUGCACUUAUUUUUGAGUUAACGACAACAACUCAAAGCUAUGAAAACAGCUGUACAAGAAACUAGCUGUUUUUAUGGGAACUAGGGACUUAGCUCCUAUCAAAACAUUUUUGAAACACUGGAUUUCAAAACAUGCCUGCAAUCCAGGAUGUGGGGAUGGGGGCGGGGGCGCAUUUAGAGCUGAAACAAUAGAUAAAUAAAUUGUCAGAUUCUGAAACUAGGCGUGUUUUUCCAAGUUUAGGGUUUGCUCCUGAAAUUUGACAUGUGAGUUCAUGAAUCAAAAUGUUAAAUUCAUUGAGUUCAGCUUUUCACCUGGUGAAGGGGAUCUUUCCUGACUGGCUCAAUUAAUGAAUGAAGUUAAUUUAAAUUUUACAAAAGACUGUUACAAAUAUAGUGAUUGCCGUUGUAUAGAGUGCUGCUGCUGCUGUAGAAUCUUCAGAUACUGAAACUGAAUAUUAAACAUUUGCACAUCCACAGAAUAUUCACCAUCAACACUAGCAGAGGGGAAUUAUGGUAUGCUCUAGUCCAGUACUGAGGUUUAAUUUAAUAUUGAGCCAAUAAAUACACCCUUAAGCCCAAUCCAAGCUAGUGGAGAACCAAAUCAAUGGAUUUGGGCAGCUAUAGGUUACAUUUGCAGAAAAUCCACCUAAGUGAUUCACCCUCUACCCCCUCCGCCACAAACACAGACAUGCAGCUUCCCUUCAUUUAGCAAUCAUCUCUGCAACAAUGUUUGAGAUUCACUACCAUACAGAACACUUUCACAUUAUAUUCUAAUGGAAUCCAAAAUACACAUGAGACUUCCAGCAGUUCUUGAAAAUGUAGUCUUUGUCGUAGCUGUUAAGUCAGGGCUGGGGAACCUGUGGCCUUCCAGAUGUUCUUGGACUUCAACUCCCAUCAGCCUCAGCCAGCAUGGGCAAUGAUAAUUAAAGAUGGGAGUUGUAGUCCAGCAACAUCUGGAGACCCAACCCUUUCCCAUCCCUGCUCUAAGGGGUGGGAAAGGUUGCUGCUUCCUUAUCCCAAAUGUAGAAUGUCUUAUGUUUUUGUGAUUUUUAAAAAUAUUAUAUUGCAAGUGCUGCCCUGAUUAUGUAUUUUGAAGGGUGGGCUAUAAACCUAAAUAGUAACUAAAUAAAUGCAGAGGACGCUGAUAAAAGUUGGCAAACUGGGAGGAAGACAGGCCCACAGGGCCCAUGGGGCACCAGAACGUUCUCUCGAGCAACAUCAACAGAACAAAAGGGCAAGAGCUAUGAGAGGAGGGCCAUUUUGAUGUUCUGCCAUGAGCACCAAACAGGCCAGGCAAGACACACAAGAUGGCUGCCGGGCUCCAUUCCAAGGUGGUGGUGCUGAUUUUAUGUUUCAGGGAUUUUGAGCAGAGGUGGAAAACCUAUGGCUUCUGGGCUUCAGCUCCCAUCAGCCCCAGCCAGCUUGGCCAAUAUUCAGGGAUGAUGGGAGUCAGAGUCCAGCAACACUGGAGGACUGGAGGUUCCCCAUCCUUGCAGUUGAGUUUUUUUGUAAAGCCUUCAGAGGUUUAAAAUCACAUUCAUAAGGUAUUCUCGGCCCGCCUCUUUAAAGAAGGCCUUUCCCAUCUAAGUGCGACAUUGUGUUAGAGACGUAGUUUAUUUGUACACUCUUGGACUACAGUUUUUUUAAAAAAUGCUAUUAGCAGGCCAAUGGUCCCCCUUCUGGGGGGGCAUAUCUGCCACUCACUCAAUCUCUCUGGUGUCCCCUGGCUGUGUAAUACAGUCCUUCCUGAGCCCAGCUUCUAUUGGAGCCCUCAAAGAUCCAGAAGUUUAAAUGUAUAUUCAACAUGCCUUUGUGUUUUAUAUUAUUGUAAAUAGUUUUGGAUUCAGCUCUUGUCAAGGUUGAAAAUAUCAAGGGAAACUUGAGUUGAAGAGGUGGUGCAAAUAAAGAUAUUGCAGUUUGGCUAAAGAAAA